AUGCCACCGGCCAUGCCGCAGGCCACUGCAGCGCAACCUGCGCCCCCACCACCUGCUCCCCCACUUCCUCCCGUGGCCGAAGAAAAGGCCGUGCCAGCCCAAGCCAGCGAGGUCCCCCAUACCCCAGCGGAGAAGCCGGCUCCCGAAACAGGUGAUGCCGAAACAGAGGCUCCUCUGCCAGCUGACGCACCUUCGGCCAAUGCGCCUCCUGAAGCUGCAGACGAAUCUGAGGCAACUCCGCCUUCGCCAGCAGAGUCACAGGAGCCAGAGGAGCGUGGCCAGGGCCUUCCAGCCCCAACUGCAGAGAUGAAACUGGCAACUGCAUGCUGUGGUCUUGGGAGUGAUGGCAAGAAUGACACGCGUGCAAAGUCAUGGCUCUAG